AAAUAACCAUGGCAAAUUUUAUGCAGGAUAGCGUUGUAAAAUAUGCCUGUUCCUGCGGCAUACUGAAUCCAAUUAGCAAGUUAUUUUUCUGUCGUCAUUGUCCUAAGCUAAGGUGUGGUUUUUGUGUCUGCCACGAAGUGGAUUCCAAUUUUUGUUCCAAUUGCUUAGAGAAUAUACCCUCAUCGGAGGCGCGUAACAAAAAGAACUGCUGUGCCAAUUGUUUCAAUUGUCCAUGUUGUCAUCAUACUCUGUCGGCCAGGGCCACCACGGUGAUUGUCCAAAAAAAGCCCGAUGAGGCCGCCAAGGAAGGCGAGUCAGCUGCUGGCUCCGAAACUAAACCGGACCCAUCAAAGGUCAUUACCAAGAAAAUGUAUUAUUUGUCUUGUUUGGCUUGCAGAUGGACCUCAAGGGAUGUGGGUAUACCCGAUCAAUCUGUGGCUACCGGUUCCUGGCCUGAUAACGAGUGUGCCUAUCAAACCCGUUUCAAUGCCUUGGCCGAGUAUUAUCAGGCAGUUGUGCAACAGGAUAAACAAGAACGCCAAGAGUAUUUGCGUCGCAAAACUCCCAAGACUCAUAAAUUCCCCAGUUUAACUGAUCGCACCGGCCUCACGGUAUCGAUUAUAAGACGUCAAAUGGGUUGGUCGGAUAAAAAUACUCAAAAAGCUAAACCGGUUAAUAUAGCUCCAGCUCAGAACACCGAAGAUGUGGGCCAAUUGCCAGAAAGUAUUUUUACGCAAAAAAUCAAUUUGAGGAAUAUCACCACGGUCAAGCAGCGUCACAAUCAACCAUGCGAACAACCAUUUACCAUUAACAAGCUGUAUCCCCAAAGACGUGGCCUUUGGAUUAAGCGGUCUUUGCGUUGUCGUGAAUGUGAACAUAAUGUCAUUAAACCGGAAUAUCACCCAACUUCGGUGAAAUAUCGUAUACAAUUAUUUGCCAGCUAUCAUGUUCCGGAUGUAUUGCUGGUCAGAUGUGAACAGCCAUUGAAGGCCGGUCAACCCAAUACAGUUAUUUUGAAAUUAAGCAAUCCAACUCUACAUGAUAUGGAAAUAAAUAUUGUGGAACUGCCCACGGAAGAAGAUGAAUUAAAAAUGAUUGAGGAAUUUAAACGUACUUGCACCUUGAAGGACACCUCAUUGACAGCAGCCACUGCCAUGGAUUCAUUGAAAUCUCUAACAGGUUCUCCCAGUCUUACUGGUACUGGAAGUUUGACAAACACUUCAUUGGUUCGUCAGACAUCUAUACUCGAAGAGCCAAGAGUUGUAAAACUUAAGGUCAAUAGCAAACUGCAGCCACCGGAGGCCAGUUUUAUUUUGAAUUUAAGAGAUGAUUCCAAGGAAUUUGAUGAUGAGCCACAAACAUCAACAAAAGUCGAACCAGAAUUUAUUGUAUCACGUAAAUCGAAUAAGGUUUAUUUGCGCUUGAAAUUCAUUCCUGAUGAGGAUUUAAAAUCGGGCAAUGAUGUCUUUGUUGGUUUCAAUAUGCUCUACACUUAUGUAAAUACUGUAACAAAUACUCCCGAGAAAAAGGAACCAACAACUCAUGUAUUAAAUUGUCGCAUCUAUGUUAAAGUGGGUUCUAUUGAGGCCUGA